AUGACCCGGUCCUCCAUAAAGGGGAGUGGGGUGUUGGGUAAUGGGGGCCGGAACCUAAAGCGAGGCAAUGUGCACCAGAAUCAGAGUUUGGAAAAGGGGAAGAAGAAACUGGAGCCAGUCUGUGAAACACCCUACUGCGCGGAAGCUCGUCGCGCUGUUGCUGAUGGGGAGGAGGAGAAGGUUGAUGAUGAUGGGCUUGGAGUAAAAGGGUGCCUAAAUACAGAAUUCCUAUGGUAG